AUGCGCGCCAUCGCAGGCCCCAGCAGGGUCAUUGCCCGUCCCACCACUGCCCUCGCUCGCGCCGGGUCCGUCGCGCUCGCACGCAGCCCGCUCACGCCCUUGGCCGCCUCUUCGUCUUCAUCGUCGUCGUCGUCGUCCUCCUCGUCCGUCGCGUCUGCCCGCACCUUCUUCUCCCUGCCAGACAUCUCCAAGCUCGCAGGUCUGAUUCCCGGUGCCCCGGAUGCGUCGCAGCUUGCCAAUGAUGGCGAAAAGACCAGGUUCCAUGCCAGCAAGAUUCUCCCCUACUCCCCAGCGCAGAUGUACGAGCUCAUCUCGGACGUGCCCAAGUACGCCGGCUACAUUCCCUUCUGCACCGAAUCCACUGUCCUCGACAAACAGGGCCGCCCCGACAUGAACUGGAGGGUGCCGCACCGCGAGCCGUUUGCCGUCAACGCCGAGCUGGCCGUGGGCUUUGGCGGACUCGAGGAGAGAUAUAUCUCCCAAGUGGUGGGAACGCCGUUUGAGAGUGUGUCGGCAACAGCAUCCAAGAUGUCCCCACUGUUCAAGUCCCUCGUCACCACCUGGUCGUUUACGCCCACCACAACGCUCCAGCCGGGGAUGGCGCCGGGCUCGGCGGGCCCCACGAUGCUCGCCAUCGACCUGACAUUCGCGUUCGCCAACCCUCUGCACAGGAUAGCGUCGCAGGCCGUAUUGCCACAGGUCGCGGACAAGAUGGUGGAGGCGUUUGAGAGGCGCGCCCAUGAGGUUUAUGGCGGGCGCUAG